AUGGAGCACUUCGGCAGCUGGUUUUGUGUGGCCUUGGCGAGCUGCUGUCUCCCCCUAGGGGAGACAUUUUCCUGCUUGCCAGAGGCCGUCCCAGUCAGUAACCAGCGGAACCUGACCAACUCACAGGGCGACUCCUAUCCCGUCGCUCUGCUUGAUAUCCCUGCGGGCAGGGGUUCAAGUUCAGGCAGGGUGAGUACGAUGCUGACCCACGUAGCUAGCAGAUUGAUUCAGGAGGCUUUGGGCUACAAAGCCGUUCAUGAUGCGAGAACAAGAAGUGUCGGCGACACCGGUCUCUUCAUUUUGGCGGGCUGCGAGCAGCCUUUUCAGAAGGCAGGCUGCAAUGGCGGACCCAUCCGCACCCACAUCUUACUCCAGCCAUCGGUCUAUGAGAUAAGCCAGUACAACUUGGGGCCUAGGCCGCCUGAGGCUGUUGGAAUCGGCCUUGGGUACGAGACCAUCAGCGGUGUGCACAUCUCGGCAGCAGUGGCGGAGAAUGCUCUGCAAGAUUCAGGCCUACCCCUUGCAUUCUAUCAGAACUGGAAUGCUUCUUGGUUCGACCCUGCGAAGUACUUCGACAGCUACGCAUCGAUUCCGAAAUCUUCUCUUUUGCCAUGCAACGAGACCGUUUUCGGCGACAAGCAACUCAUGGCCGACUAUGUGAGAAUCACUGGAGAUCAUGAAGGUCUCCAUCCAGACGGUACUGGCCUGUGUCCCGAUGACUACUGGUUUUUGGCGCCAAGCUGCAGGGGAAAUUCAUCUCGGUGCGUGCCCACACUCGGUGGGAAUGCACCAAGUGGCAGAGAUGUCUUGCAGAUGCUUCAGAAAAGCGCUGCGUUUGACAUGCCUCUUGCUUUGGCAAAGCCAAUAGACGGCAUUCAGCGAGAGAGACUUCCAAGCAACUUCAGAAUGGCCUUCUUCAAUUUAGCUCCAGGGUCAACCUUCCUGGAAUUGCGGCCACAGGUUGUCCACUUUCCAACUCAUGAUGCCUUGGCCUGGAGCAGGGGGGACCUUCGAACGAUGUUGAGUGGGUCCCUCAGCCAGAAGGUGGUGUCUCGGGAUCUGCGUGUCCUUGCCCCGUCCGUGGUGGAGAUGUUGACACGCAUGGAGAUGUCAAACGCAAUGGUUGACCAGCUUCUAACCGAUCAUGUUAGCUCUGGCCAAUCGAUAGAUCAGGCUGUUUGCCAGUGGCUGCUCGGUAACCGUGAAGUUUGGUCGUCGUGGAUCCCAGACGAGACGCAAUGCAGUCCCGGAUUCGGUCUGUACAAUAUUUCUGACGAUCAGUUUCUGUUGGGGCGUAUGUCACAUGCAGAUCUCAUCGGAUGCAAGGCCUGCGAGUCUGGACGCUACUCGGCACAACUCUUUGACCAGCGCGGCUACACCCACACCUGUGAGCUCUGUCCCGUCGGUCGGAGCCAGCCCUUGGGAGCUGCCGUCUCUUGCGAGCCCUGUGCCAAGGGCGAGUUUCAGAAUCUCAAGGGCAGUAAGACUUGCAAGCGCUGUGGCAUCGGCACCUACCAGGACCAGACUGGUUCCAUGCACUGCAACAACUGCACCAAUGAUACGACGACCGUGGGAUUGGGCUCUAUCUCAGAAGCUGACUGCGGAUGUCCUGCAGGCCGAAUCAACAUCGCCACAGAUGCAGACACCACGGCUGUGUGCGUCCUUUGUCAAGCUGGCAUGCAGUGUCCCGGCCUGUCGAGUAGGGAGUCCCUCGUGCGGGGAACUUCGCAGCUGGGAGAGGACUUUGUUCCAAAAGUCCUGCCUGGCUACAUGAGUCUUACAGAAGAGGCCCUCGACGUCUAUAAGUGCGACAACGCCGAAGCAUGUCCGGGAGGUACACCUGGCAGCUGCACGGGUUCCAGCAAGGGGGUUGGCUGCUUCGAAUGUGCCGACGGUACCCAGUGGAACGGCGAAGACUGCCAGCCCUGUGAGUCAUGGAUCAGGGUUGGAUGGGGCAUCGCCAUCGUGGGAGUCUGUGUUUUCUUACCUUUCGCCCACACCGUGAAAAUGAACGACACAUCACCGACACGAGAACUCGUGGUUUUCACGCUUUUAAGUAUUUUCGAAAUAGGCGGCAACCUUUUGCAGACCCUGGCCAUCACCGGCCAGAUGACUUUGGAGUGGCCACAGCUUUUGGUUGAUGCUUUCUCUUUCCUCGAGGUUUUUGCCUUCGAAGCCAGCGACUUGGGCAUCAGCUGCAUCAGCGGAUCGCGGCCACUGCAGCAGUUCGGAUUUCAGGUUGCUGUGCUGCCUGCCGGACUGCUUUGGGUGCUCGUUACACAUCUCCUGCUGCGCAUGCUCUCGCGAGGCCGAAGCUUGCCCCAGCUUAUGGCUUCACUGGGGCAGAUUGUAGUGGUAUGCUUCAGUGCAGUCAGCAAUCUGUCUAUGGUUCCUUUCAUGUGCUUUAGACAUCCCAACGGCCGGUAUAGCAACCUUCAGAUGCUCAGCAUAAUCUGUGGCAGCCAUGACCAUGCAGCCAUGAUGAUCAUGGGCACAUGCCUCGGGGCUUUGCUCUGCGCUUUUUGGGCCAUGUGUAUCUGGAUCUUGUGGCGGUUACCGAGCUGGAGUUUGAAUGAGAACUACCACGAGCAUGUUGUGGCUUCGGAGUUUCUGAUCGACAAGUUCCGUUUGGACUCCUGGUGGUUCGGGCUUCCUCUUCUGCUACGUGGCCCUCUCAUGUCCCUGCCUUUGCUCCUCUUCACCAACAACCCCGCUAGCCAAGUGGUGCUCAUGUCGCUCACGCUGAUCGCCUACAUCGUGCUCUUGAGCUUGGCGUGGCCUUUCAAGGUCCCUCUUCUGAAUGCGGUGGAUGCCACCUGCACCUGGGCCUUGAUCCUGCUAAUUUUAGGAGGAUCGCUACAUCUACCUCCGAUGGAUGAGGAGAUGCUGGCAUCUGCCGCCGUGUCCACGGUUGGCUCUGUCAUUUUCGCUGCGGCAGUCCUCACCUCCGCGGUUUUCGCUGUCAUGUGCGUAGGUGCCGUCCAACUCCGAACGGGCCAGGAGAGAAGGUUCGCAAUUCUCGACUUGGCCCGCCUUCCACAUCAUGACGAUCUAGCAGUGUCACUGCAGCUCACUGCCGGCAAGCUUGCGCAGAUGGAUCAUGAUGUGCUCAGUGAGCAACUACAUUUCUUGGCUUCCUUCGACAUGAAGCUCCUCCACACCAGCCUUUCCAUGUUGGCCCUCGAAGUCGUACCGGAAGAACUCUCUCAUGGCUUAGCACAUCAGGGCGUCAGCCGAAUUCGAAAAAGCCGAAGCCAGCUUCGCUCCAAUUCGUCUCUUCGCUCAGCCUCAGCCAACAGCCUUGCUUCGCGAUCUUCCCUCGGCUCCCCGGAUCCAGCUUGCAAUGUCGCCGAGUCGGACGAGAAACCGCCGGCUGCGUUCGCAGAGGUCACAGCCGCAGACCGCGCUCAGGACUUUGAGGCUGCAUGGGCAGAAGUCACAGCAGGACGCUGUGCUCAGGACUUGGAGGCGGCCGCGUGGGCCUGCGCAGAUGCGGCCGCACGUGGCUACCGCCAGAAGGCGGGAGAAAUGAGCCUGGCACACCGAGGCCUCAAGAAGGUGCAGCACAUCCUCUAUGAUUCCGUGUCGGAUCCCACCGACACCGAGUCCGAACAGGAGAUGGUUUCAAAGGCCGAGGCACGGCGGCAACAUUGCUUCCUGCCUUCCGCGGGCUCUGCUGGCCAUGGGACUGCUGCCGGAUGUCGACCUUGCGCAUUCUACACACCGUCACUUGGAUGUCGCAACGGGACCGCGUGCAAUUUUUGCCACUACGACCACAGUCCAGAAGAGCGCCAGCUACCAAAGCCGUCGUCGCGGCCUGCCAAGGGCAAGCGUGACAAGGACAAAAGAAGGAUAGCCCCACCUUCUCCGGAGACACCGGACCAUCGACCCAAAACUCCGCGUGGAGAGCCCCGGAUAUCGGAGAUCAGAGAAGACUCGAAGCAGCAUGCGGCCGGAGGCGACGACAUCCCACAGCUGAAGGACGACAAGCCAUCUUGCUGUGCCAGGCUUGCGGAUGUCGGAAAUCGGUUGGAAAGAUGGCUGGACCGAGUGCCCUGCCUCCCUGGCAUUCCGCCUCCGACCUGUCUUCGGCGGAACGGCUGCCUCUAUCGCUGUUGCGAGGCAAACAGCGGCUGCUUCUGUAUUGGCAGAAGAGGCAUGGCAGUCUUCGGAAACUUCAGGAAGCUAUUCUUGCUGAUCUCCCUCAUGCUCUCAGUGAUCGGAGUCCUGUUGCGAGGGCUCCCCGCUGCGGCUCUGUCUACAGAACGAGGUAACUUGCACCAAUGGCCUUGGGCCCAUGGUCGCUAUACGUGCCUCCAGUCCGACAUAUGCCGUGACAUCGAGGCCGACGUCUACAUUGGCCUCGAGGCACUCCUCGUGGAGAGCCCGAAGUACCGGAUUUACAAGGCAAUUCCGUGGAAUGCCGACAACUGCAUCGCCGAUCUGAGCUCGCUGGGUGCUGGAGCAUACUGCAACAUCUGCCGGGACGCCUCCCGGGGCUGUGCUGCCAUGGCUUUCAUCUCGAUAGGAUGCAGCCUUUUCAAUAUUUGGGCCGAUGUGCAACGAAUGCGAGCUCGGAAUGACCACAACUGUAUCAAGGCGGUAGCGAUCGUGAGCAAUGUGAUCGGUGCUUUGCAGUUGCUGCUGGCAGUGUCCAUUUUCCAGCUUCUGUGCGUCGCCGAGUUCCCUACAGAAGACAGGCAGCAGACGUACCGGAUCGCCCUUUCCAUGGGCAAAGGCGGUGCCCUCAUCGCGAGCGCAUGUUGCAUUAAUGUCUUCAACAUCUUGAUGCAUUGGUGCAUUCCGGUUCCUGCAGCGCGAUGGAAGCGAGGCAUCGAGCCAUGGAAGGAUCCUGCCGUGGGCCUUUGGCCUCCGCUUGACACAGCCGUUCAGGCCUUUGACGGUACCGUCCCGGAGGCCCCGGCAAAGAAGGGCUGGAUGGACGACGGGGACGAUGAUCCCGUUCGAGUCUUGAUGCGUGCGGGGAUGCCUCGCCCCGAGACGCCGGACAUUUGGCAGGAGCUCCACGAGAAUAACGGACAGGAGGGCGGGCCAGAGGCCGCAGGCAAGAAUCGGCGACCCUCCUUGGAAUCUGUGUGA